AUGGCUCCAAAGAAGAAGGAGCAGCAGAAGAUGUCCCUCGGGGCUUUUCUGACUGACGAGAAGAUGGGCUCUUGGGCUGAUGAGAUGGAGGAUAUGCCAGUCUACUCUCGGCCGACUGGUUAUGGAUCGAGUGAGCGCCGCACCUACAGCUCUACCACGGGCACGUAUGGGACCAGCAGCAUGGGAGGUUACUCUGUCCGUGAGGAACUUCCAUUGCCCGACAAACCACCUUAUACCGUCCAUCUGGGUAAUCUAUCCUUCGACGCCACCAUUGGAGAUGUCACGGACUUCUUCGCUGGAUGCGAAUGUACCAAUGUCCGAAUUAUCGAGGAUAAAUUGGAGAUGAAGCCCAAGGGGUUCGGUUAUGCAGAAUUCGCCACGCUGGAUGGCUUGAAGCAGGCUUUGACCCUUAAUGGCAGCCAAUUUCAAGGCCGUAACAUUAGAAUCAGUGUCGCCGAUCCACCCAAGGACCGAGACCGCCCAGACGCAAGAGAGUUCGGUGACUGGAGCAGAAAAGGACCCUUGCCAGACCUUCCAACCCGUGGCGAUCGUCGUGGAGAACGGGGAGGCUUUGGAUCCGACUUUGGCGGCCGUCGGGAGUACGCAGAAGGAGAUGGUAAAAUUCGAGAUUUCGGGAACUGGGAGCGCAAGGGUCCUCUUUCCCCUCUUCCUCAACAAGAGCGAGGACUAAGAGAUGGGGGUCGCCCACGAACCAUUGAUGGUCCAAGGGGUGAUGGUUUCAGAGAUCGGAGAGCAUCCCCCGCACAAUGGGGCGAGGGUCGCGCACAAGGAUCGCAGGAUGGAGGUUCAAGACCACCAAGACGUGAAUUCCAAGAACGACCGCUUGUUGAACGUACUCCUACGGCUGCUGAACAGGAUAAUCAAUGGCGUGCAAAGAUGAGACCCGACCCGCCUUCUGUGAAGUCUCCUGGUCCAUCUCGAGAUGGCAGUGAAGCCCCUUCCUCUCCUGCGGUGUCAGCUGCCACACCGACAACCCGACCGAAGCUGAAUCUUGCCAAGCGCACGGUCUCCGAAGCCCCCGAGCAACCAUCUCCAGCAUCGGUAUCUGGUGACGCUAAGGCUAGCCCAUUUGGUGCAGCACGACCCAUUGACACCGCUGCCAAGGAGAGAGAAAUUGAAGAGAAGCGUUUGGCUGCACUGAAGGAAAAGAGAGAAGCUGAGGAGAAGGCCAAGGAGGAAAGGAGAGAGGCUGCCAGAGCCGCAAAGGCUGCCGAGGCUGCGGCAUCUGAGAAGCAAGAAGGCGCCGUGGGAGAUAAGAAAGUAGAGGUCUCUCAAAAAGCCGAGGGCGAAGACGCAGCUACCGGAGAGGCGGCGGCUGAGAAGGAAAAUCAAAAUGGCUCGGUCGUUGAUGACCAGGCCGCGAAGCCUAAGGAGACUGUCCGAUCAAAGGCAUUAGAAUCUGGUGCUUGGAGACGACCAUCUGGACAGGGUCCUCCAUCGGCACCGCGUGGUGAUGAUAUUCCCAGAGGCCCCAGAGGUGGUCGAGGCGGCCGAGGAGUUGGACGCGGCCCACGACAUUACGAUGAAGGUCGCGGAGGGAGACAGGUCUCAAACGGCAGACCAGCCGCUGCGGCCACCCAAGCUCCCCCGGCAGCUGCUGCUGACCCUGAAGCUGCGGCUCUCGAGGAAGAUGGCUGGAGCACUGUUUCUAAGCCGAAGAAGAAUAACCGUGGUGGCAAUCAAGGUGCCCGUGCUAUUGCUUCGUAA